AUGCCAAUCACCAGAGUGAUUCCACGAAACUCAUUACCAUCUCCACGUACGAAACAAAAAUCAUAUGCACUUUCAUCUAACAGUUCAAUACAAACUGAAGAAACUAAUGGAAAUAACGAAGAUAAUGAAAAACUAUAUCAAAGACAAACAUUAGAUUCAGUAAAAAAAUCUAAUGGAUCAUCGAAAACGUUUUCAACAACAUCUACACCUGUCACACCUCAAUCACAAGAAUCUCGACGUUCAAUGCCAAAUGAUAAAUCAACAACAAGAAGACGAUCAAAACCUGAUCUUCAGUCAGCUAUGUCAUCUUCAAAUGGUUUUAAGCAACAAAUAUCGACAAUAAAUGGAUGGGCAAAUGAAAAAUCUACGAACCAAAAUAAUCAGCAGCAAGGUCAAUCAAACCAAGGAAAACCUAAAUGUUCAUUACCAGCAUCAAUAUGUCAACCAGGCUACGUUACACCAUCAAAAUUAUUUAAUAUGAUGGGCUAUGGAUUACAAAAUCAAUACUUAUUAAUGCAUGCACAUUACUUGUAUAUCAUUGAUUGUCGAUCAAGAGAAAAAUUUCAUGAUAGCCAUAUUGUUACAGCUAUCUAUUGGGAAGAUGCAUUGAAUGGUAAUGUUUAUAUAUCUGUUGUCGAACGCUUUAGUGAAAUAGUGUUAUAUGAUGACACGGGUAUUUUCUUUAAUGCAACAGCAGAAAUGCGUCGCGUUAGCAGUCGUUUUGCACUACCAGGCUCAAAAUCAUGUAUAUCAUUAGAUGGUGGUUUUGAAGCAUUCCGUCAACUAUUUCCAUUUGUUUGUACUCAAUCAGAUAUACGUUCGGCAGUUGACCGAGAAAAGUUUCUAACAAUCUAUCCAUCUGUUGUUCUUGACAAUCAACUUUAUUUAGGUACGGGUCAUCAGGCAACAAACUGGAAAGUUGUACGUGAUCUUAAAUUAACACAUAUCAUUAAUAUAUCAGUUGAACAUCAAUGUGUAUUUUAUGAUAAGAUUAAAUAUUUACAUAUAGAAUUAGAAGAUAACGAAGAUGUGUUUUUAAAAGAUCGUUUUAAUGAAACAAUACGUUUUAUGAAUAUGGCUUUUCAAAAUCCAUCAAGUCGUAUACUUGUUCACUGUAAUUUAGGUAUAUCAAGAUCAUCAACGUUAGUACUUGCUUAUCUAAUGAAAACAUAUAAUGCAACAUUAUAUGAAUCGUAUAAGUUUUUGAGACAUCGAAGACCCAUAGUUUGUCCAAAUUUAGGUUUUCUUCGUCAAUUAAUUGAUUUCGAACAAGAUUUAUUUUCUUGUACCUAUACAGAUCCGAAUGAUCAAUUAUUUCAUUGA